CGGCCGUUGGGGCCGUUGGCGCUGCCUGCGGAGCCGCCGCGGGACGAGCGCGGAGCCGCCGCCGGGGGAGCGCUGGUCAGCAGAGUUGAUUCCGAUGCCUGGAGUAGCAGAUUGCCCUAAACCCACUGUGUAAGCAGACAUCUCUCUCUGACUUCAUCUGCAGAAUGCUGAUGCAGCAGUGCAUUUGUUCUGAUGCAAAGCUGCCGAGAGAAGUCUGCGGUGUUGUCUCCAGUAUAGCUGCAAGUAUGACUUGACUGACCUGCAUUCAUGGCUCUUGGAUGAUCUGGUGAACCAUGGAGCUCAAAGUAUGGGUGGAUGGAGUCCAGAGAAUUGUGUGUGGGGUCACCGAAGUCACAACGUGCCAGGAGGUUGUCAUAGCCCUUGCUCAGGCUAUUGGUCGGACGGGCCGGUACACGCUGAUCGAGAAAUGGCGGGACACGGAGCGGCACCUGGCGCCACACGAGAACCCCAUCGUGUCGCUCAACAAGUGGGGACAAUACGCCAGCGACGUGCAGCUCAUCCUGCGCCGCACCGGGCCCUCGCUGAGCGAGAGGCCGACUUCGGACAGCGUGGCUCGCAUCCCGGAGAGGACUCUCUACCGGCAAAGCUUACCGCCCCUGGCCAAGCUGAGGCCUCCCGGCGACAAAUCCAUGAAGAGGAGGGAGCCGAAAAGGAAAUCCCUCACCUUCACCGGGGGUGCCAAAGGGUUAAUGGACAUCUUUGGGAAAAGCAAGGAAUCCGAGUUCAAGCAAAAGGUGCUUAACAACUGUAAAACAACGGCGGAUGAGCUGAAGAAACUGAUCCACCUCCAGACGGAGAAACUUCAGUGCAUCGAGAAACAGCUGGAGUCCAACGAAGCUGAGAUCCACUACUGGGAACAAAAGUACAACUCCAGCCUGGAAGAAGAAAUUCUCAAACUAGAGCAGAAGAUCAAAAGGAACGAAGUGGAGAUUGAAGAGGAAGAGUUCUGGGAAAAUGAGCUGCAGAUCGAGCAGGAGAACGAAAAACAGCUGAAGGAGCAGCUGCAGGAGAUGAGGCAGAGGAUCCUGGAGUGUGAGAGCAAGCUGAAGGACUACGUGUCUCAGAUCCACAACAUGGAAAGUGGCCUUGAAGCAGAGAAGUUGCAGCGGGAAGUUCAGGAAUCCCAAGUGAAUGAAGAAGAAGUCAAGGAAAAGAUUGAGAAGGUGAAGGGUGAAAUCGAUAUUCAGGGCCAGCAGAGUCUGAGGUUGGAAAAUGGCAUUAAAGCUGUAGAAAGGUCUUUGGGCCAAGCUACCAAACGGUUACAGGACAGGGAACAAGAACUGGAGCAGCUGACAAAGGAGCUGCGACAAGUCAAUCUCCAACAGUUCAUCCAGCAAACAGGAACAAAGGUCACGGUGCUGCCAGCAGACCCUGUUGAGGUGGAGGCCCCACAUGUGGAGCUUGACAGAGAGCCAACAUUUCAGUCUGGGUCUCUGAAGCGCCCUGGCUCAUCGAGGCAACUCCCCAGUAACCUUCGGAUUCUACAGAACCCCCUGUCAUCUGGUUUUAACCCAGAGGGCAUUUAUGUAUGACAGUACAUACCUCUUCUGGAGAGGACCUGGCAAGGUACCUUGGACAAAAUACACCUUUGGUUUACUCUGCCAAUGGCGAAUGGAAGAAGGUUUCUUUGUUUUGUUUUUGUUUAGCCACCAUAUUAUUUUUUCUUCUUCCUCCAACACACCACUUGGAGCCAUACCCUGUGCACUGAUGCUAAGGAGACAGAGUCACUGUCUCAGUUCAUAACUGGCAAGGAUGAACUUGCUGUCAACACAGCUAGAGUGCAAAAACCUUUAUUUGUUUUUGCCACUUCAGAAGUGUUUGGGAAAGUAUUGUUCCAUGUAUAGGCAUAAAUAAAAGACUGAGGGUGAAGGAAACCAUGUAUGCAACUUAUCUGAGGUUUAAUUUAUUCCCUUUAAACAAUGGACGUGUGAAUGUUGACCUUUUAUAUUUUUAUUUUUAACUUGUGAACAGUCACAUAUGGCUGUGUGUCAGUCUGAUAAGGUGGCUUUAAUUUGCAUGUACAACCAUCCACCGUUUGAUCAAGUACAACAGCUCACAAUGCAGAGUUCUGUGGAGUGCUGAACCAUUAAAAUGGUUUCUCACCACUAACUUGGUUAAUUUCUGUUGUGGGUCAUGAUGUCAUGUUCCAUCCAUCGCUACCUUGUAAGGCUUGAAAAGUGAGCUUGUGAGAUUUACUUGCUAUUGAAUCUGCCUUGAAUGAAGCACCUAGUGUUCAAAAGAUUUAUGGAAUUUAAACCUUGGCUUGGUAAAAGUAUUUCCAGUAUAUGAUUGAGGAUGCACUAGUUAGAUGAUAUUUUAUUAUAUAGAAUGUAUAUUUGAAAUAUUUUGCCACAUUGUAUAUGCCUUUUGAGAAAUGAACAACGUAAGAAGUUGUCUUCAUGUAUCUUACCGAGUGUAGGAGGCUUUCACUGUGUGUGAUUUUAUACUUUGUUUUUUCCACUAGCCAUUACAGUGUUCUUGUUUUGCAGUAAAUCUUGCUGUUGGAGGAGGGAAAAACCCCACAAAACAAAUGAGCAUCCUCUUCCAGCCUCCCAGAAUUUGCUCAAGUUUUGUGGAAGACACUUGGCAGAGUGCCAUGAAGUCAAUAGCAGGGCUUGUACUGAGUUGAGUGGGCCCAGGAUUCCAUUCCAGGUUCCCAGUAUUAAAUGGUGGAGCCUCAGGAGCUUUGAAAGAUGUGUUGCUACUCAGUCACUUACAGAAUGUAAAGCUUACAGACAGGAAAUUCACAUACUUGGUAGCAACUUUAGUAAAAAUGUGGAAAGAUUACAUUAUCAUAUCUUGAUGUCACUCUAAAGCAAAGUAAGGGUUGGACAAAAUGGUUUCCAUGCAUAAAGUAAGACACUACCAAGUAGUAGGUCAGUUACAGGCUUUGGAAAUUAAGCAGAUAUCAAGUUUGUAGAGAAAGUGGCUGGCAUCAGUGUGACUGAUAUGUACAUGCUCAGAGGCUGGCCCCAUGGGAGAGACAGAGAAGGGAUACGUUCUAACAGCAGCUCCUACUGUCACCCCCACCUUGGAGAUCCCCGUGACAUGAGGGGGGUCACUGUGCUUUCGCUGCAAUGUUGAAUGCCUGGACUUCACUCACUGGCAAAAUGACAGAACUCCUGAUGUCCUUGAUCAGGAUUUUACCACUGGUAGGAAAGCUUUUUGCCAUAGAAAAUAUUUAGGAAUUCUUAACUCCUAGCAUCCUCUUGUGUUGAUUUACUGAUGUGCAGAUAAAUGUUAAUUUAAGUUUCCUUUUUUCAAAAAGGAGUUCCCUGACAAAUGGAAGUUUUAUAAGAUAUAGUACAAGAUGAAGGACUCUUGAGUGUUUAAUGCAUUUUUUCCCUUUAUACUUAUUAAUGGCAUCAUAUAUUCUUAAAAUGCUGCUGUAUUUAGACUUAACAGCAACAGAUAAGGCUGUGAAUAUAUAAAGGACCUUUCCAAAUGGAUUCAGAAUUUUUACUGUUUAACUUAUCGGUUUUUUUUUUUUUUUUUUUUCCUGCCUUGUGAGCAAACUGGAAAAUUAGAUGUUCUUACCUGAAGAAUCUUUGCAGUGCUCACAGAUUUUACUGUGUUAGUUUAUCACAAUUCUGUGCUCAUGUUUACUGUGCCCAUAACUUUGUAUUAAAAAAAAAAAGAAAAAAAAAAGAAAAAAAAAAAGAGAAUGUGUAUAUAUAUAUAUAUAUAUUAAAAAAGUGUAAAGUAUACAUAAUUUGGGGACACUAUCUGUCCAAGGUACUUGAGCAUAUAAGCAUAUAUGCCUUACAUUCUGGGUUGAAUUUACAGAAAUAAAACAGCUCUCUCCAGUGGAUAUCUUGCAUCUUCAGCACCUCUUAAUGUUAGAGAACUGAGGCACUCAGCACCUUGCAAAGUCUGGCCCAAAUUAUGCUGCAUUGGGAUGGGGGGAAACAAGAGGAAAAGCCUGUUGCAUAUUCAGUCUUGUACUGAGAUGAAGGGCAGAUCAGCAUACUUACCCAACUAAUGUUUUGUCAUACUCAGUGACUGGCCCAGCUCCCACAGAUGUCAGUUUGAGCUGAACUGGGCUCUUGAAUCAUAAAAACCACUCUCUUUUUCAGCCAGGUUAUUCUUUAAGAUGGAGGGAGGAGAAACAGGAUUAAAAGGAAGGGGAAGAGCAGCUUUGGAGGGCUUGAGUUAUGACUUUGUAAUAGAUUUGAGGAAGGAAUUUGCCAAUUAAGUUAAAAAAUAUCAUCAGCUGAUUUCAGCAGCUGUUUGACAGAAGGGCCAGCCUGGAGCUGGUUCAGGAGUGGCCACUGCAUCCUCACUGCCUGGCCCCUCCUUGUCAGGGCAUUAAUGUAUUUCAAGGUGAUCUGGAAAACAUUUACAGCUUCAGCCUCUGUUGUUGCGAAGGAGAGGCUUUGGUAGCCAAACCUGUCAUUUGUGAGACACUGACAAAUUCCCCUGCCCCCACCAUACUCCUCUUGCUUAUUGAAUUUCACCCAGGCUAAAGUUCUGUAGCAUUUUCACCCUCUCUGUAAAUAAACCAAAAAGAAAUGGCAUGCUCUUGCAUUAAAUGUGAAUUGAACAAUAUAUUACAGUCUUAAAAAUUCCUCACCUUAUGGCAUUAAGAAAUUUGCUUCUGAUCAACUGCAGAACCUCACUGUUUCUUUACAAAUAUAAAAAAAUCAAUUUUUCAGAAAUGUUUGAAACCUUAUGGGGCAUUAGCAGAAAAGAAGCAACACAUACUAAUUUUAACAAGUGCCAGCAUGAUAAAAAUGUUUCUUCUUUUUUUUUUUUUUUUUUUUUUUUGGGCUUGUGUUGAAUACACAAGCAUUAUUUUCCAGUGCACAGGGAAUUUAUAUGGAGAACUUCUAUAAUUUAUUACUAAUGGAAAUUAACUGUGUUACCUCUCUCAUCCAUGAGGAUACAGUUUAUUUUUGCUGGUGAUGCUAUGUUGUUAUGGGAAAAGGGGUGGGUGGUGUGUUGACCAUUUGAAAAGCCAGUAGGUUAAGGCUAAGAUAAGAUAAUGCUGAAUGCCCGAGCAACAGAGAAACCCAAGCCCCACUCUGAACAGUGAGCUAGGAACCUGCCUCCUGUUAUCUUUCAGUGGGACGUAGGUUCCCAAGUGCCUGAAUUGCUUCUGGAAAUGGUGUUUUAGCUUUGAGAUUGCUUUUCUAAAACCUAGCAAGUUGGAAAGAAGUUCUUGAAGAGAACUACUGCUAGCUUUUAGCAUUAUGCAAACAUGCUUUCACUGUGAGGUAAGAGGGAAAAGAUCCUGUAGUGAAAUAAAAUCUCCUCUUGGGGCAACAAUUGCCUUGGUUUUGACAUGAAGAGCAUUGCAUUAUUUUAGUGAACUGGGGUCAUAUGAGUAUGAGCAAAAAACCCGAGCUUGUAAUUUUUAGUGAGUUAUCUUGAAGCAUAUAAAUUCCUGAUGUGCAUUAACUUGAGUGAAUUGGGCCUUAAUGAUCCAUGUAAAUAACAAAACUGUCUUCAGAUAUUUUUUCCAGAAAAUAGUCUCUAUUGGUCUGUACUGUAUUAAAAUAAAUGUCAAAGUGUUACUUUUAUAUUAUACUUUUUUUUUUAAGAACAUUGAAACAUGCAUGUUUAUUCUAUUUGCUACAGUAUUUUAAUGUUUUGGAUGAAGGCCAUCGGUUGUAUGGAUAUGACAAAACAAUCAUUCUGUCUAUUUAUUCAGUAUUGCUGCUUAAAGUUUUCAAAAUAAAGCUUUCAAUGCCAAUAUAGUGA